AUGAGCUCUUUUUCUGCAAUUGACAUUGCAAAUAUUUUCCCUCAGGUUGUCAUCUGUAUUUUAAUCUUGCUGUUGGCAUUUUUUGCCUUUUUCACAGAGAGUAUUUUAUUGUUGUUGUUCCAGGGCUUUUGUUGGUCUUUUGUUUUGAUAUUUAUCCAGUUGAACAUAUCAAACUUUUCUCGGGUGUUCUUUCUUUACAAUUCAUGGUUAGAAAGUCUUUCCUACUGGAAGGUUAGUUAUAAAGGAAUUUGUUCAUGUUUUCUGCUAAUGAAAAGCCAACUUGUUCGUGAAGAAAGGAAUAAUAAGAGAAAACUCUGGGCCCCAAACCCAGACAGUGACCCUGACCUUGCUCACCUGGUAUUUUUCUCUGCAGGCCCUGCUCAGGCUGAUCUGAGGAGGUGGCAGCCUCUGGCCAGGGCAGGCAUCGCCAUGGCCCUCCUUACACACCUGCUGGUCUGCACCUUCGGGAUUGGCUCCUGGGUGGCCAUCAGCGGGCUCUGGGUAGAGCUGCCCCUACUGGUGACGGAGCUGCCUGAGGGCUGGUACCUGCCCUCCUACCUCACGGUGAUCAUACAGUUGGCCAACGUCGGCCCCCUCUUCUUCACCCUGCUCCACCACUUCCGGCCAGGCUCUGUUUCUGAGGUGCCCAUCAUCUUUGCUGUACUGGGUGUGGGCACUGUCACCUGCACCCUCUUUGGCUUCCUCUGGAAUGUCACCUCCUGGGUGCAGGGCAGUCGCCACAGCAUCUCGUUCAUGGUCCUCACCUUCUUCCUGGCCCUGGUGGACUGCACCUCCUCCGUCACUUUCCUGCCCUUUAUGAGCCAGCUGCCCACACACUACCUCACCACCUUCUUUGUGGGUGAAGGACUCAGCGGCCUCCUGCCUGCCCUGGUAGCUCUUACCCAGGGCUCAGGGCUCACCACCUGCGUCAACGUCACUGAGACACCUUCCACCACCUCAGGCCCUAACACCACCAGGAAGACCGACAUUCCCCAGGGAAAUAACAGCACUCCUGUGCCUGGCUUCGCUGGGGUGGCGUCCUCCGUGGUCCAUCUGGAAAGCCGCUACCUCCCUGCCAACUUCUCGCCCUUGGUCUUCUUCCUGCUGCUCUCCUUCAUGAUGGCCUGCUGCCUGCUUGCCUUCUUUUUCCUCCAGCGUCACCCCAGGCGCUGGAAAACCUCCACCGAAGACCUCCUCACCUCCCAGGUCACCCUCCACUCCAUCCGGCCACUAAAAGAGGACCUGGGCCCCCCAGGCCCAGUGGACAGCAGUAUGAGCCAGGAGCAUCUGGAGGAGAAAACGGGCCCCUACUUCCCGGCCCACCUGCUCUUCACCUACGUCCUCGUGGCCUUUGUGAACGCACUCACCAAUGGCGUGCUGCCUUCUGUGCAGACUUACUCUUGCCUGUCCUAUGGGCCAGUUGCCUACCACCUGUCCGCCACCCUCAGCUCCAUGGCCAACCCUCUGGCCUGCUUCAUCUCCAUGUUCCUGCCUAACAGGUCUCUGGUAUUCCUGGGGGUCCUCACAGUACUUGGCACAGGCUUUGGGGCCUACAACAUGGCCAUGGCGGUGAUGAGCCCCUGCCCCCUCAUGCAGGGCCACUGGAGUGGAGAAGUCUUCAUUGUGGCCUCGUGGGUGCUUUUCACCGGCUGUCUGAGCUAUGUCAAGGUGAUGCUGGGCGUGAUCCUGCGCGACCGCAGCCGCAGCGCCCUCUUGUGGUGCGGGGCGACGGUGCAGCUGGGCUCACUGCUUGGAGCUCUGCUCAUGUUCCCGCUGGUCAACGUGUGGCGGAUCUUCUCAUCCGCGGACUUCUGCAGGCUGCAGUGCGCCGUCUAGGUCAGUGGAAAACUGGGGCCCGGAGAGACGAG